GGCGCGGCGGCUCGCCGCGGUCUCCGGGCGCGCUGAUGAGAUCAUGCACCAGGACGUGACCCCGCUGUGCGCGGCCGACAUCCAGGACCAGCUGAAGAAGCGCUUCGCCUACCUGUCAGGCGGGCGCGGGCAGGACGGCAGCCCGGUCAUCACCUUCCCCGACUACCCCGCCUUCAGCGAGGUCGCCGACAAGGAGUUCCAGAACGUGCUGACCUACCUGACCAGCAUCCCCAGCCUGCAGGACGCCGGUGUCGGAUUCAUCCUGGUCAUAGACCGGAGGCAGGACAGAUGGACCUCGGUGAAGGCGUCCAUCCUGCGGAUCGCGGCCUCUUUCCCGGCGAACCUGCAGCUGGUGCUCGUCCUGCGGCCCACGGGCUUCCUCCAGAGGACGCUCUCGGAGCUCGCCUUCAAGCUCAACAGAGAUGACUUCAGGAUGAAGGUGCCGGUCAUCAUGCUGAGCUCAGUGGCGGAGCUGCACGGCUACAUCGACAAGGCCCAGCUGACCGAGGACCUGGGCGGCACCCUGGACUACUGCCACUCCCGCUGGCUGUGCCACCGCACGGCCAUCGAGAGCUUCGCGCUGCUGGUCAAGCAGACUGCACAGAUGCUGCAGUGCUUCGGGACCGAGCUGGCCGAGACCGAGCUGCCCAACGAUGUCCAGGCCACGAGCACGGUGCUGAGUGCACACACGGAGAAGAAGGUCAAGGCCAAGCUGGACAUGAAGCUGGCGCUGGAUGAGGGCCAGAGCAUCCUAGACAGCAUCCAGGAGCCCCUGGCCAAGAGCACUGAGCACAGCCUGAACCAGGACCAGCUGGACAACGAGACCACCGUGCAGAGGCUCCUGGCCCAGCUGCACGAGACGGAGGCCGCCUUUGACGAGUUCUGGGCGAAGCAUCAGCAGAAGCUCGAGCAGUGCCUGCAGCUCCGGCACUUUGAGCAGGACUUCCGGGAGGGCAAGGCUGCGCUGGACGCGCUGGCGCAGAAGAUCUCGACCUUCACAGACGUGGGCAACAGCCUGGCGCACGCCGAGCACCUCCUGAAGGACCUGGCGGCCUUCGAGGAGAAGUCCAGCGCCGCCGUGGAGCGCGCGCUCGGGCUGGCCCGGGAGGGCGAGCGGCUCAUCGACGGCAAGCACUACGCCGUGGACUCCAUCCGCCCCAAGUGCCAGGAGCUCCGGCUCCUGUGUGACCGCUUCGGGGCGGACGUGGCCCGGCGGCGCGCGCUGCUGGACCAGUCCCUGGAGCUGCACACGCUGCUGGAGGCGUCCAUGAGGUGGUGCGACGAGGGCAUCUACCUGCUGGCCGCCCAGCCCGUGGACAAGUGCCAGUCCCAGGACGGGGCCGAAGCGGCCCUCCAGGAGAUCGAGAGGUUUCUGGAGGCGGGGGCGGAGAGCAAGAUCCGGGAGCUGGAUAAGCUCUUCCAGACCUACGAGCCCAUCCUCACGCCCGACCUGGCGGCCCACGUGCGGAAGGUCUUCCAGAAGCAGGAGAGCACGCAGGACAUGUUCCGCCGCAGGCAGGCCAGCCUGAGGAAGCUGGCGGCCAAGCAGACGCGGCCCGUGCAGCCUGUGGCUCCCCGGCCCGAGGCGCUGGCCAAGUCGCCCUGCCCGUCCCCAGGCGUCCGGAGAGGCUCCGAGAACACCAGCUCGGAGGGCAGCACGCUGCGCAGGGGGCCCUACCGCAGGGCCAAGAGUGAGAUGAGCGAGGGCCGGCCGGGCCGCGGCGGCUCCACGGGGGACGAGGAGGAAAGCCUGGCCAUCCUGCGGAGGCACGUGAUGAACGAGCUGCUGGACACAGAACGCGUGUACGUGGACGAGCUGCUGUGUGUCCUGGAGGGCUAUGCGGCCGAGAUGGACAGCCCCCUGAUGGCGCACCUGCUCGCGGCUGGCCUCCAGGGCAAGAAGGACGUGCUCUUCGGGAACAUGGAGGAGAUCUACCACUUCCACCACCGAGUAUUCUUGAGGGAGCUGGAAAACUACAUCGACUGUCCCGAGCUGGUGGGGAGGUGCUUUCUGGGAAGGAUGGAGGAGUUCCAGAUCUACGAGAAGUACUGCCAGAACAAGCCGCGCUCCGAGAGCCUCUGGCGCCAGUGCUCCGACUGCCCCUUCUUCCAGGAAUGCCAGAGGAAGCUGGACCACAAGCUGAGCCUGGACUCCUACCUGCUGAAGCCCGUGCAGAGGAUCACCAAGUACCAGCUGCUGCUCAAGGAGAUGCUGAAGUACAGCAAGAGCUGCGAGGGCGCCGAGGACCUGCAGGAGGCCCUGAGCUCCAUCCUGGGCAUCCUCAAGGCCGUCAACGACUCCAUGCACCUCAUCGCCAUCACGGGCUACGACGGCAACCUCGGCGACCUGGGCAGGCUGCUGAUGCAGGGCUCCUUCAGCGUCUGGACCGACCACAAGAAGGGCCACGCCAAGGUGAAGGACCUGGCCAGGUUCAAGCCCAUGCAGCGGCACCUGUUCCUGCACGAGAAGGCCGUGCUCUUCUGCAAGAGGCGGGAGGAGAACGGGGAGGGCUACGAGAAGGCCCCCUCCUACAGCUACAAGCAGUCCCUGAAUAUGACGGCCGUGGGCAUCACGGAGAACGUCAAAGGCGACAUGAAGAAGUUCGAGAUCUGGUACAACGCCAGGGAGGAGGUGUACAUCAUACAGGCACCGACUCCUGAGGUCAAAGCCGCCUGGGUGAGGGAGAUCCGGAAGGUGCUGACCAGCCAGCUGCAGGCCUGCAGGGAGGCCAGCCAGCACCGGGCCCUGGAGCAGUCCCAGAGCCUGCCCCUAACCUCGGCGCCCAGCACCAGUCCCUCGAAAGGAAACACAAGAAACAGCAAAAAGUUGGAAGAAAGAAAAACUGACCCUCUAAGUCUGGAAGGAUAUGGGGGCUCGACAUCAGGGCCAAAGCCCCCCGACAAAGGCAAAGAAGACGUGGUCACCAGCUCCGCCUCGGAGAGCUCAGCGCUCUCCAGGAAGCUCUCUGCGCGGCAGGGCCCGGCGCACCCCACAGGGCUCCCGGGUAAAGGCAUGCCCCAUGUGGAUGUCGCCCUGCACGUGCCCGCCCAUCGGGGGGUCUCGGGGUGACCCUGGGGGCUGCGGGCCCCAGUGCAGGGAGCCCUGCA